AUGAACAACACCAAGCCAACCCCCUCCUCUCCAGGUCUCUGGCACCGCCACCAGUCCAGUCGCAGAAAACGUAACAGACAGCAGAAGGCUUCUUUCUCCUCUGACACUCACCCUCAUCCAGGACCCUCCUCCAUCCUCCUCUCAGACGCCACCAUGACUCCUUGGGGAGGGCUGGCUCUAUCUGAGUCCUGCUUUGACUCAAUUCCCAAAAUACUUACUCCACGACCCUCUCCACCUCCACCCCCAGCCUCUCCUGUUCCCGAGCAAAUACCGUCAGCUACCCCAUAUCAUGGCAGGAGACAAGAAGAAGACAAAGACAGUUCAGGCUCAAGUUUUAACUCUCAAAUUCCAUCUCCACCUGUGGCAGUCACGCAAAACAGCGCAGGUGGAGCAGCUAAAGAUUUGCAGUUGAGGCGGAGGGUGUUGCCUCAGUGUCGGCUUCCCCGUGCCCCCCGUCUCCCGCCGCUUCACCCCGUCACUGACCUCAGUUUCUCUCGGAGCUUCACUUUCUCCUUCUUCGAGCUGCCGCUGCACCAGUCUCCUCGCUGGCGUGCCGAGCGUGUCAAAAACCUCUUAUUGCUUUUGAAACAGAUACACUACUGA